AUGAAACUCGCCGUCUUCAGCGCCAAAUCCUACGAUCGGACCUACCUCGAGGCAACCCGCCCGACAUAUCCCCACCUCCACAUUGACUACCACUCCUUCGCCCUCACCCAGGAAACCGUAUCGCUCGCGAGUGACUCCGAUGCCGUCUGCGUCUUCGUAAACGACACCCUCGACGCCCCCGUCCUGCACGCCCUCCACGCCUCAGGCGUCCGAGCCAUCCUCCUUCGCUGUGCCGGCUUCAAUCACGUCGACCUCCCAACUGCCGAAUCCCUCAACCUCUUCGUCGCCAACGUCCCCGCCUACUCCCCCGAAGCCGUCGCCGAAUUCGCCGUCACUCUCGUCCAAACCCUCAACCGCGCUACCCACCGCGCCUACAAUCGCGUCCGUGAAGGCAACUUCAACAUUGAGGGCUUGCUCGGCUCCACUCUGCACGGCAAGACAGUCGGAUUAAUCGGCGUCGGCCGCAUCGGGCUGGCCACCGCCCGGAUCUUCCAGGGCUUCGGAUGCCACAUCCUCGCGCACGACCCUUUUGCAUCCGCUGAAGAAUUCCGCCCGUAUGGCACACUAGUCGAUCUAGAUACCUUGCUCCGGGAGAGUGAGGUUGUCAGUCUUCACUGUCCAUUGAAUGAGGGGACCCGCCAUUUGAUUAAUGCCGACACCCUGGCCAAGAUUCGACCCGGGGCCUUGCUGGUGAAUACGUCCCGUGGUGGAUUAAUUGACAGUAGUGCGGUGAUUGUUGCCCUGAAGAGUAAGAGGCUCGGCGGGUUGGCCUUGGAUGUGUAUGAGGCGGAGAGUGAAUUCUUUUAUAACGAUCACUCGGAUGAAAUUAUUCAUGAUGAUGUACUUGCAAGGCUAUUGACAUUCCCCAACGUGAUCGUGUGCUCGCACCAGGGGUUCUUUACUAAGGAAGCCUUGACCGAGAUUGCGGGCGUGACGCUGGGAAAUCUGGAUGACUUUGUGAAUGCGCGGAAAUGUCCCAAUUCGCUCGUCGCGCAUGGUCAUGUUUUGGUGAAGGAGGAUUCGGCUCCCGUGCGCUUGUAG